CUCCACCGGAGUAAACAGAUUGAGGCCUUAACAAACAAAACCUCCACUACCGAAGUGAAUCCGGUACAGAAUAGUGAGUUGGCUCCUCGACUAAAGUCACCAACUCCCUACCUUCAAUCAAGGAUGCUCUAUCAACCUAGGCAGAUAUUCUCAUUCUAGGUUAAAGCAGAAACAACAGGAAUUUGAUCAGGAUUCAUGUCAUUCAAACAUUCAAACCUCAAUUGAACAUAAUCAAAUCAUAGAUUCAGUACUUGGGUUCAUACAAUCAAACCUAACAUACAAAUCUAGGGUUCUCCAUACCUAGAUGAAUGGGAGAACUACUCCAUGGAGAAAGAAGCAAAAGCAGAAUCAGACGCGGAAUUCAUACUGUGAAGGAUGGAUUCCUGCUCCUGGACGUUGAUCGGCACUUCUCCAAGCUCAAACUGGCCUCCAAUGGUGUUGAAGAUCAAUCUAUGGCACUUGGAGACUCUUGUUCGUCACUUUCUCUCUCUAGGAAUUGCUCUAUCUCUCUCAAAACUCGAAUCCCCUCGACUUGUGGCUGGAAAUUGGCUUAAAACCAGAAAAUCCUGACUCACACGGGCAGGCUGCACGGCCGUGUGGCUCACCCAGUUGCCCGUGCGAGUCAAAACGCAGCGUAUCGAUUAGUUGAAUUACAGGCUUCUUACACGGCCAGGGUCGCACGGCCGUGCAGCUCACCUUGCACGGCCGUGUGGAUUUUCUGCUCUGGCCGUGUUUGCUCUCGCACAAUCCCACACGGCCAAACUGGUCAAUUGCACGGCCGUGCAGGUUGUGGGUGUGCCCGUGCAGCUUCCUUUGUGACUUGCCUCGCGCCCGAUCUUCGCCCAAUCGACCCCGAACUCGCUCCUAAACCUUCAUUCACUUGCCAGGACCUGAAAUAUCACAAACAAGCACAACCUAGCGUGAAAUCGGUCUAAAACACGAGAAACCACAUCUCAAACGGUGCAAGAACAGGGAUUCUAGGUGAAAACAUCAAGUUUUUGGCGCCGUUGCCGGGGAUUCUAGGUUAUUGUAGAAACAUGAACGUCUGUUACUCUAGCAUUUUCUUUACUGCAUUAUCUCUCUUCCACCUAUGUGCCCUCAUGGGUUGUGUUUCCAGACUGUGUGCAGAUAGGCCCGUAGCCAGUAGGGAGAACUAUAUCAGUUAGACCAAGAGCUUGAACGGACUUGUAGGAACUUCAAGCGAGCUUUGAAGGCACGAAUAGCUGCGGAGGAAGAUUUGGAGCAACUGCACAUCACUGAGGAGGAAGAAAUGGGCAAUCCGAUAAACAAUAACGCGGUCAUCCCCGAGGAACAUACCAUGGGAUACUACUAGACUGCUAGAGCCGCAUACAUGAUGUUGCCCAUCUAGCACCUUCAAGUUCUAGCUAACAACUUCGAGGUGAGCCCCAGAUCGCCCUUACGGUGAUUCCAUGAGCUGAUCGAUGGGAUCAUGGUAAAUGGGGUCUCUGCCGAUGCCAUCCAGCUGAGAUACUUCCAAUUCACUCUGGAGGGGCAGGCCAAUGAGUGGCUGGACACUCGGCCUUCGGGAUCGAUCUCUACAUUCGCCAACCUAGCGGACAAGUUCCUCACCCACUAUAAUCCUCCAUCAAAGACGGCGGACCUGCAGAAGCAGAUCACUCAUUUUGCCCAGGACGAAGAUGAAACCAUUGGGGAUGCUUGGGAGAGAUAUACUAGUCUCUUCCUAAAUUGUUCCAAUCAUGGUUUCAAUGACACCUUCAAGGUGGGCACCUUCUACCAUGCCUUCUUCCCAGAAGACAAGCAGCAGAUUGACUCGGUUUGUGGCGGGAACAUGUUGACCAAGACGCCACUGCAACUAAAUUGGCUCUUCGAAUAGAUGGCAGAGCAGGUAUAUGACUGGGGAACUGCUAGGAGAUCAAUGCGAGCACCAGGCGGGGGUGUGCAUGUUGUAGCCACCUAGUCGUCUGAGUUGGUGCAGGUUGUGUCUAAACUGGUCUCCGCCCUUGAUCGUUCUGGAAUAGUUCCAGGAGCAAGAAUGUAGCAGGCAAUGCGUUGCCUGUGGUGCGAGAGCUCCCAUCAUACUGUGGAAGACUGUCAGGCGAUGCGGGAAUCGACUACACCCCAGGAGCAGUUGGACUUCAUCUGCAAUGCCAAGCAUUUCGACCCCUACAGCAACACUUAUAACGACGGGUGGUGCCAACAUCCCAAUUUCUCCUAGAAUGGAAAUAAUCCUAAGCCACCAGUCUCCUAGGGACCUCCAGGAUUUCAGAGACCGCCAUAUCAGCCCAAUCAGGGGCAAUUCCAGCAGCAUUAGUCUCUUUACCAGCCCAUACAAGGGCAUGCUUCUCUACCGCAGCCACAACCUUUCCAACAGCCAGGUGCAGCUCCUGCAACCCUAGUGCAUAAUGAUCUUAUAGCUGAACUGCGGGACUUGGUGGGUUCUCUUGCCAGUUCCAGUGCGCACAAAUUCAACAAUAUCAAGCAGUUCAUGGAAAAUGCCUCGAGUAAAUUCCUGGCUCUUGAAGCUGGCCAAAGGAACACAGGCUGUUCUGCAAGAUAUCCAAACCCUGUUGGGGAGUGUGGCUCAAGCAGUGGCACAUAGGGCUCCGGGUACCUUGCUCUAGGGGUGGAAAAUGGGGUGGGUGUGGUUACCCGCCCCACAAUUUGCGGAAAACCCACACCCACAAAUUUACAAUUAUGCUACCCACAACCCGUACCGCGGUGGUUAGUGGGUAACCACUACCCACUGUGGGUUUGUGCGGGUUGGGUGUGAUUACCCGCAAAAAUCCAUAUUUGCAAGCAUAGAGUUCUAGUCGCCACUAACGUAUUUGUUGUUCGUAACUAGAUUAUAGUGAUAUACAUUUGUGUUAUUCGUGGAGAUACAAUUUUGUACAUAGAUCUUACUCAACGUGGAGAUUUUUUCUUUUUGAGUUUGGUAUUCAAUUUUUGUGCCAGAGAGCUGUGAUUUCAUAUUUUCCCGACUAGGGAUGAAAUAUGACAAUUAAAUAUGAUCUUGUAUUUUUUUCACACAAAAGCAAAAACAUAUUGAUAAAAGUUAUAAAAGGUGUUCACUUUUAAUGAAUUGAUUAUUCUCCA